CAUGCACUGAUGCUCAUAAGCCCCUUUAGCACGGCAUUGAUGGCAAGCACCGGGGCAUGGCGAACCAGAUCGGUGUAUCAGACGAUGACCGACCGGUUUGCUCGCACGGAUGGGUCGACGACCGCUCCUUGCAACACGACCGCCGGCCUAUACUGCGGUGGCACCUGGCGCGGCAUGAUCGACCACCUGGACUACAUCGAGGGGAUGGGCUUCGACGCAGUGAUGAUCUCCCCGAUCAUCAAGAACGUCGAGGGGCGCGUCGCCUACGGGGAAGCGUACCACGGCUACUGGGCGGAAGACCUGUAUGCCUUGAACCCGCAUUUCGGGACGGAGCAGGAUCUCCUCGACCUGAGCCAGGCCCUCCACGCCCGCGGCAUGUAUCUGAUGAUGGACACGGUCAUCAACAACAUGGCCUACGUCACGAACGGCCACGACCCGGCCACCAGCAUCGACUACUCGAAGCUGCAGCCCUUCAACGAGGCCCGCUACUACCACCCCUACUGCCAGAUCACCGACUACAACGACUACCCGCUGGCCCAGCGGUGCUGGACGGGCGACGACAUCGUCGCCCUGCCCGAUCUGAAAACCGAAGACCCGGACGUCCAGCGCAUGCUCAACCGCUGGAUUUCUGAAACCAUGACCAAAUACUCAAUCGACGGGCUCCGUCUCGACGCCGCCAAACACAUCACCCCGGCCUACCUCCGGGCCUUCCAGCAAGCGGCCAACAACUCGCUGGUGACCGGGGAGGUCUUCGACCGGUCCGUCGACACCAUCUGCAGCUACCAGGCGGACAACGAGCUGACCAGCGUCCCCAACUACCCGAUCUACUACGCCCUGCUAGACGCCUUCACCAUGGGCGACACCACCGACCUCCCCAACCGCAUCGAGGAGAUGAAACACGCCUGCCCCAACGUAAGCACCCUGACGACCUUCUCCGAGAACCACGACGUCCCGCGCUUCGCAAGCCUCAUCAACGAUCUAAACCUCGCAAAAAACAUCCUAACAUUCACCCUCCUCUACGACGGCAUCCCCAUGAUCUACCAAGGCCAAGAACAGCACCUCACCGGCGCGCACGACCCCCUCAACCGCGAAGCCCUCUGGCUAACGGGGUACGCGAGCACGCCCGAGACCGCGCCGCUGUACACGCACAUCGCGGCUCUCAACGCGCUGCGCCGCCACGCCAUCCGCAUCGACCCGGCCUACGUCGACACCCCCACCUACCCGAUCUACCGCGGGUCCAGCGAGAUGGGGUUCCGGAAGGGCCGCGAGGACCGCCAGGUGGUGAUGGUGCUGUCGACGCAGGGCAGCGCCAGCGGCGCGUACAAGAUCCGGCUGACGACGGGGUUCCAGCCGGACGUGGAGGUGGUGGAGGUGCUGAGCUGUGAGCGGUUGACGGUGAGCGAGGUCGGGGAGCUGUGGUUGGGGAUGGAUCGCGGGGAGCCGAGGGUGUUGUUUCCGGUGAAGUGGAUGGAGGGGAGUGGGCUGUGUGGGUUUGAGGAGGGGGAGGGGAGUGGUGGAGAGGAGAUGGGGGGAGAGGGAGGGGGAGAGGGGGGGAAAGGGUUGGGUGGUGGUGGUGCUGGAGGUCAGAUGCUUGCGCCGUAG